AAGGACGAGAAGCACAGAAGACCUUGAUCAAGACCAUUUAAUGAUUGUGUGUGUUGUCUGACUAAUGAAUCUUUGAGGAAUAACUUAUAUGGAACACAUUUUGAACAAUUCUACGCAGAGAAGCUUUUACCAACGACGAAGUCACCAGUUGGAUUAAUGCAAUGGCGCCUACAAGUCAGGGGCUUUGGUUAAUGCCAAUCCUUUUCCUAUUACAGGUGUCCGCCAUAGCUUCAAUAUCAAUACAGUCCACAACAAAUGUUGGGCAUUUGUCUGACGGAAGUGACGUAACCUUCACCGUAUCUUCCUCAGAUGGCACAGCAACGUCACUACGAGGCAAAUUCAAUGAUGGAACCGUCAUCACAGGGUCAAUCAGUACAUCAACAAUAACAGUGAGGUCACAGGAUAUAGCCGACUUUGGCACGUACGAGUUCAUCAUAGAGAUGUUUGCUUCAGAUGGAAGUAGUGGUUCACUCCAGACGAUCAUCUACUACGAGGAAAGUAUCACUGGAUUACAGGUAAACUUUUCACAUGCCGUGAUAGAAGUAGGAGACACAGUGAAUUUCACCAUAACAAUGGACAGUGGAACAAACGUCAUCAUGGAGUGGUACAUUGACGAUAACAAAAUCUACGUCGAGGAAUACCAAGGACUGGUGAGAGAAACUGUCUUCAACUUCACCUUCCUGUCGCCAUUAACAGGCAUCAAGGUCAUAGCAUCUAAUAAUAUCGGCACUACUCAGAAAACGGUAAAUAUCACCGCGCAGUAUCGAGUGACCGGCUUUUCUUUGGUUGAAUUCAGUUCACCUCUGCGACCCAGUCCAUUACAAGAUGUUAAAUUCGAAAUCGCUCUUAACUCAUCCGUCGCCUUGCCGAUGGGAAAUGUGUGGGUCGAAUCCACAUUUGGUGACAACACAACCCUGAAUCAGAGCAUAGCAGGUACCGUGAACUCUAUCAAGACAAAUGGAUUGACUAUUUCACAUGGAUACAAGACACAGGGUAAUUAUACAGCAAGUUUUAGGAUUUUCGCCGAACUGAAUUCGAUCACAUUGUUGACCUUCGUGUAUAUCUGGGACAGCGUAGAAGCCGUUGUAAGUGCAGACCCUGCUAUAGCAAAGGUCAAUGAAAAUAUAACGUUCUCUUUUGCAAAGCAUGAAGGAUUCAUUUUCAGAUAUUUAGUUCAAUACGGAGACGGUGAUACGAAAGUGAAUGAUCCUAAUAUGCUUUAUUCGGAACCGUUGGACACCGCUCCUUGGACGCAUUCCUAUGAGGAACCUGGAACUUAUGUAGUAAAAUUGACAGCUUGGAAUCCAUUUCAUUACAGCUUUUCUAGAUUAGCCAUAACAGUUCAAAUACCCAUCAAUGCGGAGAGUAUUACACUAUCGCCGGAAAAGGAGGAGAUCCCGCUGCCGAACGGUUUGCAGACUCUUGUCCUGUCGCUUGAUUCCGAUAUUAGGUCACCAACAGACGUAUAUUGUGUGUUUGACCUAGGAGAAGCAGGGCUUGAAAUCUUACCGACAACGGUUAGCACAAUCAGCAACAUCAAAGCUGUUGAUACGACGAUACAAACGGAAACCACGGAGGCGACAAGCAGAGGAACAACCAAAGGAAGUACAAAAGAAAAGGAUAAGAAAACCGGAAGUAAAGCAAAUGAAGAACAGACAACUGAACUACCAAUAACUGAACCACCAACGACCGAACUAACGACAACUGAACUAACGACAACUGAACUGACGACAACUGAACUAACGACAACCGAAGAUCCGUUUCCCGCUGUUAGGGCUAAUUUAGUAUAUGGAUCGCCUAUUAUCAAAAAUGUCGAGUAUGUUACACCGGGCAUGAAGCUAGUUAACUUCACGUGUUACAACUUGGUUAGUAAAGUAACUCGAAUAUCCUACAUAUCAGUACGCAAUUUUACCCUCUCUGACUUCAAGUUAACAUUCAUAGAUAUGGUUAUGAUGAACAUGACAAUAGACCAAAGCGACGACGAUAUAGGGACUGUCUCCUCAGAUGAUGUUGUAGUGGAUUUCAUGAUUAUGCUGUUCGAAUGUUCCAGAUUUCCUCCCAACAUCACGGUCUCAUGGGAUUUCGGUGAUGGCAGGAUUUGGAAAAAGUUCAAACCUGUCAAAGUUAUACAAUCUCAUAAAUAUACAGAAAGGCAAGCAUACAACGUUAUAUUACAACUUAGAUCACCAGUUGAAAGUUACACCAUGGAGCCACGAAAGAUUACACUCGGAGUAACCAGGUUUUCCGUGAACAAAUACAACGGCGUCUUGGGUGAGUCCGAUGAUUUUAAUUUUACCAUUACCGGUCCGUCCUAUCAAUGUGAUUACUACUUAGAAUUUGACAUGGAAAAACAAAGUAAGUGGAUGACAUCGAUUGUCCUUAGCAAUUAUACCAUUCAAUUCAAGUAUAGCAUCUUUGGAAAAUAUGUACCCUUUCUUAUUGUAAGGAGUGAUGUAUUUUACGAGAGAGUGUAUCUCCCCUUGCCGAUCAGUACGGACUAUUCGCUCGAAGGAGCAAGCAUCUCCGUUUCGAACACGACAAUACCUAUGCCACCUGGGGCAAUCACUGUAUGGUUCAGUGUUACAAAACGACCACUACCGAUGAUCACGUGCGUUAUACAAAUGGAUGACUUCAUUGAUAUUGACGAAAAACGCAUCACCCAGAAUGUCACAACAGAUAGCCCAAUCAAAUUUGAUUACAAUUACCUGACCUUCGGAACUCAUAAUGUCAACGUGAGUUGUUUCAAUCUUGUUAAGUCCCACGAGAUUGUAACCGAAGUAUUAGUUAUAAAUGAGUGUUUCACGUACGGAGGAAUCUUUGCCUGGCAAUUUUCAAGACCAUAUCAUCCAAUGAUUAUUUCAACUGCAGUUCAAACGGAUUUGUCGAAUCGAAUGCCGGUCCGUUGCUAUAAUAGCAAUCCAAGGUUUCAUUGGAAAAUUUACAGGUUUACAGACGGUGCUGACUCAAAUACCACACUUGUAAAUGAAUCCUAUGAAGAUAACCUCGGGACUUACAGGUUUUACGAAGCAUCUAUGACACCAGGGUUACACAAGGUUUCCCUGAAUGUGACCCUUGAUCAAACUUGGGCAAUCGAGAACUCGUAUGUGCAACUUGUCAGACCCAUUCCAUUCGCGCGGAUAGAAGGCGGAGCGGAACGUACCGUUAAUCCGGGAAAUGUCAGUAUAGACGCAUCUGAGUCCUAUAGUUCAGAACGAGGUGUCGGUCACACUGAAGGACUCAAUUUCACGUUCUUCUGUUUCCGGUAUGCUGUGUCUUCGUUUGUCAAACUUCGGAAUGAAUUUAACAACAUUGGUGGUAUCCAAACGUUCGAAGAUGAUUCGGGCAGAAAUGGUAGCAUAGGUACCGCCGACAUCAGCUGCAAUGAAGCGUUUUCUGUUGUGGGCAACGGCACAGCCAUUUUGAAAACGAGUGACUUCUCUAAAUACAAGGGUUAUCUGGUCGUCUUAAGGGUUGACGAGCCACUGACUUUACCAGCCAUUUUUCUACAAAUGAUCUCCGUGGAAGAAGGACUACGACCGAUCAUCAAAAUUAAAUGUGAAAUUAAUUGUCGGGAAAAAGUCGCCGUACAGAGUAACCUUAAGGCAGUAGUGAUAUGUGAAAACUGUAAUAAAAUUGACCACCUGAUGUAUGAAUGGAGCCUGAAGGAGGUUUCGAAUGACGUCAUAGAAGAUGUGAAGCUCACCAGCGACAAGACAGACACAGGUACAAACCAAAUAACUUUCGUGUUGGCUAAAAAUGUACUAAACGAAGCAAGUGUCUACACUUUGGAAGUGACAGUUAUUUCUCCUGAAUAUCCAACCUCUGCACGUGUUGGCCUGGAUUUCGUCACCAAUAUGAAACCAUACGGUGGCACAUGUAGUGUGGACCCAACACAAGGGGUUGGUAUGGUGUCUACGUUUGCAGUAAAAUGUUCUGGUUGGAAGGAUGAGAGCUACAGAUUAUCCAGAAACGAAACACUAGAUUUGGAGGUACCUCUUUUGUACGAAUACAUACAGGAGAUCAAUCGAACUGUCAAUGGUAGCGUGAAAACCAUCCAUUCACCUCUUUUUAUGGGAAAUGAGGAUUCGGCUACUCAAUUGCAUUUACAGCAAGGAGAAAGUGAAUUUGAUUAUAUAGUUACUAUCCUGGUUCGGAUCCGUGACUCCUAUGGAGACUUCGAGGAAAAUAGGGACGCAGUUGCUACGGUAAAACGUAACGAAUCAUUAGUUCCGAAUGGAGACAAUGACGAUGAAACUGUCACCGCAAUAUUCGAGGCUUAUGAGGAACAGUUCUUGCCUUUAAAAGCAGGGAGCAACACAGUAGCAAUGGUACAGCUCAUAGGAUCAGCAGGAGCCUUGCUUGCAAACAUAACUGGAUACGCUAGCGAGAAUAGCACAACGAAAUUGAGAAUCAUGGAUAAAAAUGCUGAACUGAUGAAGAAAUUGCGAGGAUCGGUGUCUCUAGGCUCGAAGGAGGCAUUGAAUUCAGCCGAUACCAAUAACGUACUGGAAAAUGUGAAAGCGUGCAUAACCAAUUUGGCUAUUGUCAGCGAUGCUAUUUUGGACGACGCCGUUGAUACAGCUAGAGUACUUACUGGAGACCUUGAAAAACUGACCUUAAAGAGGCCAUUUCCAGUGGAAGACCUUGAGAAUAUCCUGAACGGGAUCUUAGGGACAAUGGACAUAAUUGACACAUCUAUUACCGGAAUCGUUCCUGAAGUGCUCAUAGAUCCUGACGAGGAGAUAUUGUUAGAGGACAUACGAUUGGAGUAUAACGCAAACAACCCGAUAAUCAACUAUACUUUGACGGAAGAGGAGGAAAAGGAGAGAGACGCAAUCAUACAAGAAAUUUACGAUAACCGAGUGAAACAGCAAAGCAUUGUCAGAGAGCGGUCAAAACAGGCAAAUGGCACCGUUCCAAAAAUGAUGAAUGCUUUAGUGAACUCUCAGGAUAUCAUUGGCCGAACGCUGUUGACAGGGGAACCUGAACAGAUUAUCGAGAGAGAGAACGUUAUUAUUUCGGUAGAAAAGAUGACUGGGGAUACACUUAACAAUGCCACAGGGUUCAACAAAACCGGAAUCCGAAUGACGCUUAAUCGUAAUGAUACAGAGGAUGCUGGUGAAACAGAAGAGUUACAGAUGCAGACGGCUCUCUUCAACAAGAUACCACAUUAUCACGGAGUUGGAGCGAGCAAACUUACGUCAAAGGGCAUCAUGGUAGCCAUUAAACAGAGUGAUGGCACGCGCAAAAAUAUCAGCAUGGAUAUGCAAAUUUCAAAUGAAGGGGUAGCUUUCUCAAAAAGGUACCAGCCUCUCUAUCUCCCAGACGAUCCGGACCAAAUGCUGUAUUUCGUUUUUAAUAUUUUAAGCGAAGAUGAUGCCGUGCUGUUAUAUAUACAACCUGACAAUUUCAACCCGUUUGAUUACUCCUCAUAUGGACUGUAUGAAGUAUAUGCUCGGUACAAUCAGUACCCGUCGACCUCUACUUUUGACUGGUCCUACAGUAUGAACAUCAGGGAUUGGAUAGAUGAUCAAGACGGCUUCAAGAUAUUUAUUCCAGAGAAAUCACUGCAAGCGGGGAAGGUUUAUGUAGCCUUGAAACCAAUACCUGCGCCACCACCUCAGGCGAUAAGUAACAGGAUGAGAAAGAGGAGAUCUGCAGACUCAAACCAAACAGUAACCAAUCAGACUGCAGUGUCUAAUACGUCAAAUAUUUUUGAACCUGCUGACGUCAACUUCACCAUGGUCAUUGUAACAACCGGCUGUCGCACCUGGAACGAGGCGGAAACAAAAUGGACGUCUAAAGGUUGCAUGGUUUUGCCGUUUUCUACUAUGAAUGAAACGGUUUGUCGGUGUUCGGGAGAGACGGGGAAUAUAUUUGCAACAACAUUUUUUGUCCCUCCCAAUACCAUUGACUUCAAUGCUGUCUGGUCGAAGUUUGAUCUUCAGAACGCGGCUGUAUACGGAACAUUGAUAGGACUCUUCUUCUGUUACGUGCUGUUGUGUGUCUUGGCGCGGCGAUACGACAAGAAGGACUUACAGAAGUGGACGACACAUUUCUUAAGUGACACUGACAGGAACGAUUCCUAUUUCUACAUUAUCAACGUCACCACGGGCUUACGGCGUGGGUCAGGUACCAAAUCUAAUGUCAGCUUCGUUGUGGCGGGAGAGGACUCGGACUCUGGAGUAAGAAUACUCAGCGACGGGAAAUCACAGGGAUUUGAGCAUGGCUGUACCAAACGGUUUUUCAUGGGGACAACAGAAUUUCUGGGUGAUUUGAGUUACAUCCGGGUGUGGCAUGAUAACUCGGGAACCGAUGGCAACCAUUCCUGGUACCUCAACAAGAUUACCAUAGACGACCCACAACUCAAUAAAAGAUAUGUGUUCCUAUGUAACAAAUGGCUCUCUUACGACCACGAUGACGGGAUGAUUGACAGGAUUCUGCCAGUUUGCGGACAAGAUAACCUGACGAAAUUCGGUGUCCUGUUCUCCCAACGUGCACUACAUGGCUUAACGGAAGACCACUUAUGGGUGUCAGCAUUUAUGCGACCAGAAAGAAGCAGUUUCACCCGCGUAAAUAGAAUAUCUUGUAUUAUGAUGUUAUUGCUUCUCACCAUGAUUACUAACGCCAUGUUCUUCUCGCCGGAUGAGACCAACAACACGGAUGCAGUAUCGAUUGGAAGCUUGACAUUUUCCCUGAAAACCCUUUAUAUUUCAAUGGUGGGUAUAGUCAUAACAACAUUUCCCGUCGUACUGGUGGCAGUGUUGUUUUCGAACUCCAAAACGAGGCAACACAAAAAACGCAAAUCCAAGACAGACAACAGCUGUUCUGAUGACGUAUUUUUCACAACUGACCAUUUGCCACUACCUGCGUUUGUACCUUACAUCGCUUGGAUGAUUGUUAUUCUCGCCCUAGCUUCGUCGGCAUUUUUCUUGCUGUUGUAUAGCAUGGAAUGGGGAAAGGCCACCUCAGAGGCAUGGCUGACUUCAUUUGUCUUAUCAUUUUUUGAGUCAUUUUUGGUCGUCGACCCCUUAAAGGUUGUGUUCGUUGCCGCAAUAUUUUCACUUAUUUGCAGACGACCCUUCGACUAUCAUUCAGCAAACGUUAAUAUGGAGGAAGUCAAGAAGAUGGCAAGCACGUUCACUGGGAGCUCGAUGAGGACAUUCCUAUCUUUCCGCCGUGAAGUACUGAGUGAAAAAGAUGACGUUGCGGAUGAUACAGUUGAGAAAGCACGAGAACAACGUCUGAAGGAACAGAGGGCCCUGACAGUAUUCUUAGAACUUCUGUUCUACAUUGUAUUUGCCUUCAUAGUGUAUAGCAUUAGCUAUGUAAACCGGGAUCAACGAUCAUUUGCACUCAAGGAUCAUAUUUACCGCGGUCUAAACGACUCCAAUGGUCAGUUCGGUUAUGGCAAGAUUACUGACGCCAGUAGCUUUAUAGAAUGGUUAAACGGAACUUUUUUUGAGAAUUACUUUCCCGAAGCAGCGUACAAUGGAGACGCUAUCGGUGUGAGAGAUAAAUUGUUCUUCUCUGAUCUUGUUAAUGCUAGGAUUGGUCCACCAAGGCUACGUCAAGUCCGGAUGAAAAGGGGAAAAUGUCCGUACGACAGACUUAUUGAGAACAGAGACUGCAUUCCUAACUAUGACAUGUAUGAGGAAGACGAAGAAUCUUACUGUGUAGGAUGGAACGACAAGACGUCCGCAGAAUGUAAUAAUCCUCGCCUGUAUUCCAUGAAUGCGUGGCAGUACCAGCGGUCAGAGGACAUUUGGGGCAUACCGAUAACAGGCGAAUAUGAAACAUAUGGAGGAGGGGGUUACGUCUUGAAGCUUGACAAUGGUCUGGCGAACUCAAGAUACAUAGCAGAGGAGCUGGUAAAGUACCACUGGAUCAACAGAGCAACAAGAGCAAUUUUCCUAGAGUUCACUCUCUACAAUGCCAAUACUAACCUGUUCCUGUACAUGAUUUUCCUAACGGAAUUCACGGAAAAUGGUGGCCUACUAACAUGGGUAGAUGUCUACCCCUUCCGAGCUUACCAGCAUACGGGAGCGCUGGGUGCAUAUGCCCUCCUGUGCUACUUCAUAUACUUAAUUGUUUUAAUCUAUGGGACAGUUAAGGUAGUGAAGAAAAUCAUUGUACAACGGCUUCGGUUUUUUAAGAAUUUAUGGAAUGUCACCGACCUCUCUUGUGUGAUCCUGAGUUACCUUGGUGUGGUUUUAUGGUGUCUCCGCUACGUAUUUGCAUCUCAAUCCAUGGAUAUUUACUACGAAAAUAAAAAAGCAUUCAUCAACUUUCAGCAUGUUGUAAUAUAUGAUGUAUCUUUCAAUGUGAUAAUCGGCUUCAUUGUCUUCGUUGCAACGAUACGACUGCUUCGCAUAAUGGGAUACAACAAAAGGAUGACACAGCUGGCAAGCGUUAUAUCCAAUGCCUCGGCCGACCUGAGCGGUUUCGCGAUUAUUUUUGGAAUAGGAUUCUUUGGAUGGGUGAUACUUGGCUAUUUGUUAUUUGGAACAAAUCUCUACGAAUACAGAAGUAUCUUUACUACACUCGGAAGCCUAAGCAAUUCCCUCAUAGGAAAAAACAAACUGGACGCAAUGACACGGGCUGCUCCAAACUUCGCAAAUUUUUAUUUCUUCACUUAUGUUAUAUUUGUCAUGCUAAUUUUGAUGACGAUGUUUUCUGCGAUUUUGAAUUCGAGUAUUACAACAGUAAGAUCGGACAUGAACAAACUCCCCGACACGUACGGCAUAUUGGAUGUUUUGAAUAAGUACAUGAGUGGACUUAGAAACUUCGUCUUCAGAAGUACAAACGCCAAUGCGAGACAAAAUGAUAGAAGAACCAUUUACUCCCCAGGCAGUGGACAUCCUCGUCCAAAACUGGACACUACCAAUAUUAUGCGGACAGUCCGAGACAUCUUCGGCAAUACUUAUGAUGACGAGGAAUGCAACGAACCAAUACAAGCGUUUGAUGACAUUUGCUUAGACGUCCCGACACAAGACAAUAUGCAGGUUGGAUCACACGGCUUCAACAUUUACUGUCAGGAGGAGAACACCAACGAAACAGACGAAUACAUAGACGCGCUAGUAUUUUGUAAACUACCGAUGGAAAAGUCUGAUAAACUUCUUCUUCAAACCAAGAACACAGAUUCCUUACCAAUGUCAUUUUUAUAAGUCCUUGUCGCCAGCACCUAUUUUUAAACGUGAAUCACUUUUGACAUAUUAUAUAUUGUAUAAACAUAAUCGUUUUAUGUACACGUUAUAUCUUAUGAUCUUCAAUAAACGGGCUUGUAUUAACUGAUGCUUACAUGAAAAGACGUCAUUUAUGGACAUCAUACAGACUUGGGUGUUGUGACAAGGAGAGGAACCAAGAUGUAAACGGAUAAUGCUGGUAAAUAAACACUGAAGACACGAAAGACGAAGUUUUUCACGAUUGUUUUAACUUUUCACUGAAGGCCUGUACAUUUUUUAUUGUUAAUCAAACCAUCGGGUGCCCUUACAUUUGUGAUAACGAAUCGUUUCAAGGACAUUUUCAGGACACAACUGUCCUUCGUUUUUGUUGUGCAAGACUUUAUAUGUUCUAAGUGAAAAUGACAAGUUAUCGUUAAUUUAUUCAUGCAUAUGUUUCUCUGCUGGCUUUAUUAAAUAAUUUAUUUCGUUAAAAACGUGGUGUUUUUUUUAUAUUGAAAAUUUUCAGACGAGUUGAAUAACUCUAGUUGUGCAACA